UCAAACAGGUCCUUAAUGAGCUUGAUGAGCUUGUUGAACAUUCUAAAUUAAAUUAUGAACUCCAGAUCUUGGAAGAUUUCAUCAAUAAGAUGCCGGGAGACCAGGAGGCAGCAUCAUCCACCAGCCAGCAACCAGUCCAGGAUGCAGCACCAUCCACUAGCCAUCAACCUGUCAGGUGGCUGAAGAGAGACAGUGAUGGAAAUGUUGUCUAUGACAGACCGAGAUCAUCCCGAAACCAAACGGCUAGUCACAGCUACAGUCGUAAGACUGGUUCUCAUACUAGGAUGUUGGACAACAGCUUUGAGAUAACUAACUACUGUCCCCCUGACACUGUUGAGACUUUCCUUGAAGAGCUAAACCACUCACAGGGUGAUGACUUGGAUGAUCAGGAAACGGCACCAGCACCACCACGAGCUUCCUCAGACUGGUCUACUCGAAAAAGUCUCAUCUCAGAGAGGUGGGAGAAAGAGAGACCCCGUCUGGUGAAUACUAUGGUGGCACAACAAAAUGUGAACACUCAGAUCUGCCAACAAUGUGGCAGCAGUCCAGCUGCUGUCCGUUGUCGUGACUGCCGACCACAACCAUUCUUCUGUGCUGAUUGUGAUGUCAGUAUACACCGAAACCAUGUGUUCCACAACAGGGAUGCAACAAUAGCUGGAUUCUUUCAGCCAUUGCCUCCAACAACCUGUGUCGUGGAGAGGGCUUUUUCCCAGUGUGUGUGUAUUGUGCCGUUGGAGAUGCCCAAAAAAAUAUGUAGUUGUUCUCCAGGAUCGUUGAGUGUCAACCCAGGAAAAGUUGUUGCUGUGGUUACAAUGAAUGGACGAUAUGAUCUCAGCAUGCCUGAGAUGAAAUGUGAGGCAUGCAAAGCCACAUGGAGUGCUGGAGUGGAUGACUUAGUCCGUAAUGACUACUGGCCUGCUACCCUUCACUUUUCCACGGUGUACGCUACAGAUGUUUUUUGUUCUUAUGAAGAAUUGAAGAUGGCAGCACCAGGACUGUCCUGCCAAGCAUUCUUAAGAAUGCUUGAUCAACGAACUGUCCGCUUUGGCCGUACUGGGAAGAUCACAGCAGACAGCUUCAGAAAAAGCUUUUUGGAGUGGGAGGCUGUUCGAUUUGAAGUUGAUAAGAUCAGCAGGGAGGAGCAUUUUAUCUGUCCUGCAUGCACCCCAGACAUGCUUGCUGUUUCUGUGGAUGGAAAUCGCAAGCACUACCGCUUUAAGAACGCAGCAAGAUCUGAAGAACAAGCCUUAUUUGAUGGCAUCUUUAUCGCAAAAGAUGAUGAAGUAGAAAGAUUUGUGGAUUACAUUCAUUCCAACACCAACCAUGUCUCUGGAAGAGGUGUCUGUGGAGGGGAAUGGUCAGCUGCCAGGGAAACUUCUCAGAGAUCGUCUAGUAAAAUUGAUGAGGAGGGACUUGAGCUUGCGGUCUGUCGACAUGGAGUUUUUCUCGGCGCUCUCAACAUGUUCAGGGGAGAAAUAUAUGCUUAUCCCCUGUACCUGCAGAACAAGCUGGCAAAUAAGUCAAUAAGCUUUUUUGCCAUGGAUGUAACCUGCAAGUACUGGCCCUACCUCAACAAAGUGACAAAAAGCUGCCCGGAGCUCCAGCACCUUCUGACCAUGAAACCAUUCCUCUCAGUGUUUCAUGCCAAGGCCCAUGAUUUUAAAUGUGAGGUUAAAUGGAGUGGAGCUUACCAGCAAGGGGCCGGAUUGACACUCGGGGAGGAGGUUGAGCAGUGUAACGCCUUCCUCUCUAGGAUUGCUGUGACCACGAAGCACAUGUCCAAAGCAGGACGUACAGACAUGCUUACACUGAUGGCCAUGCGCUGGAAUCAGCAAAAGUUUAAUAACUUGGCUGCUUCACUUUCCUGCCGAUAUCAGAAGGCUACAAAACGCCUGGAAAGCCAACUUCAGGAUCUGGAAAGUAUGAAAAUCCAGCUGGCUGUGACACAGGUUGAAGUUGAGAGCUGGGUCACUGAUAUUAAGGAGUGGGCAGAAGCAACAACAUCCCAAAAGAAUGCCGAUCUUGACGCGGUGACCAGUAGGAUGGAGGUGCUGGUGGCCAGCAUUAAAAGAAGGUCCCAGCGCCUUUACAAAGACACCGAUGGCAGCAAAGGUCGGGCCCGGAUUCGGCGCAAAAUCAGAGAGGAGAAGGCCAUUCUUAGCUCUGUCGUUGAAAAAUACAACAGUAUGGUUCCAGAUGCAGAAAGAAUCGUCUUUGACAUCAUUCUCUCUGAUGAGACAGUUUGGCCAUGGCAACUUUCACGUGGUGACGCUGUAGAUUUGAAAAUCAAGAGGAAGGCGUUUGAUGUUGUGAUGGCAAUAAGGAGACUUGAGGAGGAGAAGAAGAUUGUUCUUUCUGAGAUGGCAAAGCAUUGGAAAUCUCUCUCCACUCGUGCAGACACACUCAAGGAGAUGUCAUCCCAGCUUUCCAGUGGGGCAUUGCAAAGUGAGCUGUGGGCACUAAAUGAAGAAGGGAUCAAGGGUUUCUUCAGCUUAACUUUGAGGAAGAAGCAAGAAGUCACCAGAAUGAUGAAGCAUGCAAGAGACUGCUAUACUCAAGUUUUGACUGGAACAAGUAUGGACUUCCAGAAUGAUUGGGAUGGAUACGACAGUGAUUCUGAACUGUCAGAUUGAGGCCUGUCAGUUUGAGGAGCUUGCGAAGUGAUAAAUGACCAGUUAUUCACUUUUGGUUUGAUUUCUUAUAUUUUUCAGUGUUUCCUUUGUUUGUUUGUUUUUGGUAGUGGGGCAGGUCCAAAGAAAUCACCAGUUAAUUAACAUUUUUUGAUCAUAUUCAGUGAAAUCGACACUAUAAUCCGACAGAACCACAUCAAUAAAGUGGUUUUAGGGAAAAAAAAAACGAGCUUCUAAUUCCACCUACCCUUCUGGAGCAUGUUAUUUGUUUUGCAAAAAUCUACCGUCCCCAGAUCAUCGGGUCCAAUCAGUGCAAGGGGGUGUGAGAGCUGACUGUCAAUCACAGGUUGUGCACACACCACCCCUCGCGCACGUUACAAUCACAUGCACACACCUGAAGUUCGCGCAGUAACGACGAGUGGUGGCGGAAAAGAUUCCAUUUCCUCGGACACUAACAAAUUAAGUAAGCUCAUUUAGAGUAUAUAUGACAUUAGAAAUUGCAAUCGAUCAGUAGAUUAGCCAGGGCAGCAUACCUAAUACUCCAGUGUCGUUGAUGGAUGCUGAUGUGACGGGGGCGUUCACAGAAAAUAUGGUGCACACAAACUGAC